CUGUCUGGGAAUGGCAAGGGAGAAGAGAUAUCCCCAAUUGUGAUCGAAUUAGGGUUUUUACGAGCACAAAACAAUGUCGACCGGGAAACCUAAGCAAGGCGACACGAGAUUGGUGGUUGCUGCCACGACGGCGUCGGCAUUAAUGGAGGCAAAGAAAGCUGAAAACGGAGGAUCUACAUCUAUCGUGGAGUAUAAACCUCCGGUGAUGCUGGAAGACGAAGAAGAUCUAGAGAUAAAGCUUAGAAGAAUCCUCGAGAACGUCCCGGUUCGCGUUAGCAACACCUCUGGUAGUUCCGCUGGUUCUGGAUCCGGUGAUUUCCACCAGUACCGGCAAAUGAGGCGAAGAGAGCAAGACCGACUGACAAGGAUGGAUAUUGACUACAACAAGCGUUUGAAAAUGGCGGAAUUUACUAUAAGAAGAGAAGAGAAACUGAAAGCUGCAGAGGAAAAAACAUCAAAGAAGCGUUUGAAACGUCAGAAGAAGAAGCAGAGAAAGCAAGAGAAGAAGAGAAAACCGAACACUGAAGAACAAGGAGAGCAACCUAGAAAAGAAGUAUCAUCUGAUGACGAAGCAGAUGAAGAAGAGUCUGUUGUAGAAGCUCGUCCACGUCCGAUAUUUAACAUAUCGAGGUUCAAAGAGAAGUGUCCAUAAUCUUUUGUUGUGACAUGUUACUAUGUAUCCCAAAACUGUCGUUGCCAGAUGCGUUUCUUUCUUUACCUUUCAUUUUGAGCAUUGGAUGAAUCUUAAGAAGAGAAUCAUAGCAGGUCUUGCCUGGUUUGUGGUA